AUGCGUGGCGGACGAGCCAAGAGCACGGCGAGCCGCUCGCGAUGGAAGGAUCAAGAUGUGUUGGAUGUGAUUCGGCGCAGUCGCGAUUCAGGGAAAGAAACGCUUGUAAAGGGCGGCAUCGCGCGGCUUAGCUUCGGAUCAGAUGGACCUGGCGACGACGACGACACCUUGUGGGUAUGGGACGACGAGGACUUGUUGCCGAAUGGUGCUCUCAUGGUGUCUGCGCGUAAAGCCACUUUUGAUGAUCGUUGGCCAUAUACAGGACGUCGUGGUUGGCGUCCCACAAGUAAUAAACUAUCAGAGGCUGGGUUUCAUUUCACGCCUACGGCCGAAGAUGAGGACGGAUGCACAUGCAUCUAUUGUGGUGUUGAGCUUGGUGGCUGGGAGCGCACAGAUGAUCCCGUUCAUGAGCACCAGCGGCGAAGGCCAUCAUGUCCAUUUUUUCACUGCAUUCUAGCAAAUGCACUUGACUCAAAUGCGCUUUCAAACGAACAAAGCAAGCCGAAACAAAGCUUCGAGGGACAAGGCAUACACAAGGAUGAGGGUGACGAACAUGAUUACCUUGAAUCUCACUACAAUCGUGAGCGCAAAAGAAACAAACUAACGGAUAAUAAAAAAAAAGAAGAACAAGAAGAACCGAACCAUGACUCAGAACGCCACAGCCGUAUCAACGCCGAAGGCGCCAUGCAAGCAGACGACUCUCGGACUGAUCACGAACAAGAAGCGGUCGAAUACAGUAACAAUAGCGAUGGCGAGGGUGAUGAUGAGGAUGAAGAAUCAGAGGACGAAGAUUAUCAAGAGGAAUCUUCCUUCACGAAACAGCCUCGACGAAAGAAGCUUGCAUCGAGCCAGCGCACGGCUUCGUUUGAAAGUCAUCACCAUACACGCAGUGCGGGUAAAUCGGAGCAUUCGAUACUCGAAACACAUGAUGCACUUUCAAGCGAUGCUCGAAAUACGAAUCCAAUCUCAGAUGAACAGUCUGUUAGCAAUUCUCGGACUUCUAUAUCAUCAAAAGUAUCUACUUCCGCAUCUGAUGCUGAAUUAGAGGCUGGUACCGGAACUGAUCAUGGUCCAGAAUCAAAUCACCUUCAAGAAGCUCAUAAUGAACGUGCAUCUACGCGCGAAAACUCUCCGCUAAUAAAACCAGCAAGUCCAGCGUUAAAGCAGCAUGUCUCAGUUAACCAGCGGACAUCCCUACCACCGGCAUCACUUUUGCCAACACAGGUGUCGCCUACAGCCGAGUCCGAGCAAAACGCUCAGUCAAGCCACCAGGGUGGACCCGAGUCGGAGGAUGAGGCUGCUGUCGAGCGCAUGGUCACUACAACGAUGUCUCAUGAUGCUAGAACUACAGGCCCGUCCAAUCCAUCACUUCCUGAUCUGCAAGACUUUCUUCCUAUUCCAUUCCCGCACCGCCAAAGUCAAGUGCCGAUGCCACCGAUGCCUGAUCCACGCAAAGUGAGCGUGCUUGAAUGGAUCACACAGCAGCAGAACUACCUUCUAGAUACCAUGCGGGAGCGCAUUGAACAAAGUCUGGCUAAUAUGCGACGACGGAAUGCCGAUGAACGCAAGCGAUUGGAAAAAACCAUGCGCUCGUCUUGA